AUGGCUGCUGAGAUCACUCCCUCCAAGCAGGCUGCUUCGGCCAUUGAGUCUUUCAAGAUCGAGUCUCCCGUCAAGAAGCUCGACUUCAACCCUGCCGACAAGGAGAACAAGCCUCUCGACGCCACCGUCGACACCCUGGCCGCCGAGAUGGACGCCAAGCAGGCCGACAAGCCUGUCUCGGACAUCAAGAAGACCGAGGAGGCUGCUGUUGCACCUGUCAUCAAGCCCGAGGAGGCUGAUGAGCCCCUCCUGCAGGAGAACCCCCAGCGCUUCGUCCUGUUCCCCAUCAAGUAUCACGAGAUCUGGCAGAUGUACAAGAAGGCCGAGGCCUCCUUCUGGACCGCCGAGGAGAUUGACCUGUCCAAGGAUCUCCACGACUGGAACAACCGCCUGACUGCCGAUGAGCAGUACUUCGUCUCCCACAUCCUGGCCUUCUUCGCCGCUUCAGAUGGCAUUGUCAACGAGAACCUCGUUGAGCGUUUCAGCGGCGAGGUCCAGAUCCCCGAGGCUCGCUGCUUCUACGGUUUCCAGAUCAUGAUGGAGAACAUCCACUCCGAGACCUACUCCCUGCUCAUUGACACCUACAUCAAGGAGCCUGCCCAGCGCACCUAUCUCUUCAAUGCCAUUGACACCAUCCCCUGCAUCCGCAAGAAGGCCGACUGGGCCCUGAAGUGGAUCGCCGACCACAAGUCUACCUUUGCUCAGCGCCUCAUUGCCUUCGCCGCUGUCGAGGGUAUUUUCUUCAGCGGUGCCUUUGCCUCCAUCUUCUGGCUGAAGAAGCGUGGUCUGAUGCCUGGUCUGACCUUCUCCAACGAGCUGAUCUCUCGUGAUGAGGGCCUGCACACCGACUUUGCUUGCCUGCUCUUCUCGCACCUGAAGCACCGCCCCAGCAAGCAGCUCGUGCAGGAGAUCAUCGUUGAUGCCGUCACCAUCGAGCAGGAGUUCCUGACCGAGGCUCUGCCUUGUGCCCUGCUCGGCAUGAACUCCAACCUCAUGAAGCAGUACAUCGAGUUCGUCGCUGACCGUCUGCUCGUCGCUCUCGGCAACGAGAAGGUCUACAAGGCCACCAACCCCUUCGACUUCAUGGAGAACAUCUCGCUCGGUGGCAAGACCAACUUCUUCGAGAAGCGCGUCGGCGAGUACCAGAAGGCUGGUGUCAUGAACAGCACCAAGAAGGCCACGGACGAGGCCGCUGGCGAGACCAAGAAUGAGAACGGCGGCGACUUCAGCUUUGAUGACGACUUCUAA